AUGUACCUCCCCGAAGAUGCCUUUCAAAUGCAGCUUGAGCUCAUUGAGGGCUUCUGCAAAGUGAUCAGAGACAACUCGUUCGACUCGAUGUACUACUCAUUGUCAUCUCGGAUCGAUUAUCCUGGUCUCGAUAUCAAAGGAGACCUGCUUGAUUAUUUACAACUAGGAGGAGGUGAUCUAGUCGAAUCGCUCUUCCUUGGUCGUAACGAUAGCUAUGAAUCUUUCAUAACAGGUGAUGAAUUUCUUACAUGGCUGUCAAAGUCAUCUCUCAAUGUUGAGCAGUUGGUAAUGAAUCAGAUUGCAAAGCUUGGCCCGGGAGCCUUGCUCAAAUCCUGGCCUUAUGAUCAAAGAGUUGUAUUUCGAACUCUUGAAACGGGCGAAUGGAAGCUUGGAUUCGAGUGGGCAUUGGACGAAGAAGCAUGUGGUUAUCUGCUUGUCUCAGAGUACCAGUGCUUGACGAUCGAGUCUGAACACUUUUCGUAUUCAUAUAUGAAACGGCCAUUUCUUGAGCAUAUAUGGAAGCGGAUACCGGGUGAAUUGGAGGAAUGGAAACCCAAGCAGGACCUCCGCUUCCGACGCCGCAUGGCUGUCAAAGCUCGCAAAGAACGCGCACGAAAUGGUCAAAAGACACCGAGAAUCAGAAUGCCGGGAGCAUGGGUAAACUAA